CCUCUUAUGUUAUCACAAAACAAAUAUCCUAUUCCAUUCCCUUUCACUCUCUCUCUCUCUUUAACAUUUUCUCAUGUUCGAAUACUGAAAAGUGGAAUCGAUGUCCAACCAAUUCUAGUUUGGAACCAACCAACAUGUCCUGUCUACUUCCUCACUUCAAGUGCCAGCCAGACUCUUUCUCUAUCCAUUUCAAAAUUCACCCUCCCCACCCCUCCAAAAAUAAGGAGACUAUCUGUUUCCGUACACAAUGUAUUUUAUCCACAACAUCACCACCAACUACGGCAACAACAACCGUGCUUGACGAGAAGCUGAGAUUAUCUUCUUUAGAGACUCAUUCAAAUUCCUUUGCUGCAAACAGACCAUGGACGUAUAUAGGGGCAGUUGGUCCACCCACAGAGGCAAAUUUUGGAGCGACUUUAGCUACGGAAACUCUUAUUACUAGUGAUGAGGCUGUAAUUGCUGCAGCAGCAGCUGAAGCAGUUGCUCUUGCCCGGGCGGCUGUUAAGGUUGCAAAGGAUGCAGCCUUGAUGGUUAGUUAUUACAAUUCUGCAAGACCAAAUGCUAAACCUUCAAUCCCAUCAAAAUCUGAUACUUCACCUUCCAAGUGGGCACAGCUUACAGAAAGAGAACGAGCUAGCAUAAUAGGGGAUUCUGUGGCAGAUAAAACUGGAUCAGAAGAGGAAUAUUCAAUGCAACCAUUAAAAGAAUCUGAUGAUAUGGAGCCAUCCAAUGAGGAGCUCAAGCUUCUGGAAGAACAGCUUUCCCAGAGUAUAGCUGUGAGAUCAAUGCGCCAGACUGAAAGAAAGGCCAAAAGGACAAGGUCAGCAGAGAAGGCUGCUUCCAACAUAGUGUCUGUGAGGUCAGGUACUACUAGCCGGAAAAAGCGUGCUUCUUUACAAGAAGUAGACUACUCUGAUCCAUUGCGUUAUUUAAGAGCAACUACCAGCAGUUCCAAGCUUCUCACUGCUAAUGAAGAAUUGGAGCUAUCUGAAGGAAUACAGGACUUACUAAAACUGGAAAGGCUCCAUGAGGUGCUUAUAGAGCGAUGUGGUGGUGAGCCAACCUUUGCACAGUGGGCUGCAGCAGCAGGAGUCGAUCGGAAAGAACUGAGGAGGCGCUUGAAUUAUGGUACUUUUUGCAAAGACAAAAUGAUAAAAAGCAACAUACGGCUUGUUAUUUCAAUUGCGAAGAAUUAUCAGGGAGCUGGGAUGAAUCUCCAAGAUCUGGUUCAGGAAGGAUGUCGGGGCCUUGUGAGAGGUUCAGAGAAGUUUGAUGCUUCAAAGGGUUUCAAGUUCUCUACUUAUGCUCAUUGGUGGAUUAAACAGGCAGUUCGCAAGUCUCUUUCAGACCAAUCCAGGACAAUUCGUUUACCAUUUCACAUGGUGGAGGCAAGUUAUAGAGUGAAGGAAGCUAGAAAACAGUUGUAUAGUGAAAAUGGAAGACAGCCUGAUAAUGAAGAAGUUGCUGAGGCAACAGGGCUCUCAAUGAAGAGGCUCAAUGCUGUAUUACUCACUCCUAAAGCCCCAAGAUCUCUCGAUCAAAAGUUUGGAAUCAACCAGAAUCUCAAACCUUCGGAAGUAAUUGCAGAUCCAGAGGCAGAAACAGCAGAAGAUCUGCUAAUAAAGAAAUUUAUGAAAGACGACCUAGAGAAGGUGUUGGACUCUCUAAAUCCUAGGGAAAAGCAGGUCGUGAGAUGGAGGUUUGGGCUGGAUGAUGGAAGGAUGAAAACGUUGCAAGAAAUUGGGGAGUUGAUGGGUGUAAGCAGAGAGCGAAUUCGGCAAAUCGAGUCGUGUGCAUUCAGAAAGCUGAAGAACAAGAAGAGAACGAAACAUUUGCAGCAGUAUUUGAUUUCUUAUAGUUAAUAGGAUUCAGGGAUUAGUUAAGAGUUAUGUAAGGUUACUUGAAGGUGAAGAAGGUUCAUUCCUUGUUUUUUGCUUUAUCUAGCAACAGAAAUGUAACUUUGCUCCAUAUACUAGAAUGGAUGUGAAUAGAAAACAAUUUUUUUUUUCCUCAGUUCUUGAUGUAUCAAAGCCAAACUACUUGAAAACACAAGAUUCAACUACCUCACUAAUUUGGUGUUUAAUUUA